AUGGGCGAAACAGGGACUAAAACAAUAAUUAUUUCUGGUUGUGGUGGUGGCUAUGAUAUAUUUGGUGCAUUACUAUUUUAUUUUAAAUUUAAAUCAGAAAAUAAUAAUAACGCGGUAAAAUUUAUAUUAGUCAAUUAUUCUUUUACAAAAAUGUCUUUGUUAAAUGAAUACAGUCAAAAGUUAACAAACGCUUUAUAUAGAGUAACGCCGACAAUAUCCGACAAAUAUUUAGAUGAAAACAUGUAUUUUCCUGAAUUACGUUUAGCAAACCAAUUAAAUGAAACAUUUUAUGCUAUUGUUUGUAAUUACGAAUAUACGAAAUUAAAAUUCAUACACGAGGUGUAUGAAUAUAUAAUGAAUAAUGAAUCAGAAUCAGUUGUCGACAAAUUAUAUCUUGUCGGUUGUGGUUCUGAUAUAUUAUUAACGGGAAAUGAAAAAGAACUAGGUAGGCGACUGAAUGCUUAG